GAGGGAGAGAGACCGAGGGAUAGAAAGAGAGGGAGAGAGUGACCAAGGACGGCUUGAGAGACGGACCUCAGAGAGACAGAGGAAAGUGUUGAGACACAUACAGGUUUCACUGUUUUCCGUCCCGUUUGUGAUCUCGUUUUUGGAACAACUGAGAGGAACUCUCACAGACUUGGGAGUCGCCGCCAUUCGCAGACUUGUUGAGCGCACCCACAAAUCUCCACGCGCACUACUAAUCUCCUGCCAUUAUGUGCAGGAUGGCCUCGAUGAUGUGGGGUUGUGUGACUGACUUCUUCACCUACGAGACCACCAAGUCUGUGGUGGUGAAGAGCUGGCCUGUCGGGAUCGUCAACCGCGUCGUUCAACUGCUCAUCAUCAUCUACUUUGUCUGCUGGGUCUUCCUGCAUGAGAAGGCCUACCAGGUGACAGACACAGGCAUCGAAUCCUCGGUCAUGACCAAAGUGAAGGGCUUCGGUAAACUCAAUGGACGUGUGGUGGAUGUGGCAGACUAUGUGGUGCCGACACAGGGUGAGUCCAUCUUCUGUAUCAUCACCAAGCAGAUCGUCACAGAAAAACAGGAACAGGGCUUCUGCAAAGAGCGUUCCAAGAAAUAUUCCUGCGCCACAAGUGCAGACUGUGAAAAAUUCAUCGGUUCAUAUCUGGGAAAUGGCCUGAUCACAGGGAAGUGUACGAAAGGUCAGAAUGAGUCAAGAGGCAAGUGUGAGAUCGAGGGCUGGUGUCCACCAGAGAAUGACGCCCCCAAAAGUCGGCCGACACUAGAUGUCGAGAACUUCACUAUCUUCAUCAAGAACAGUGUCCGCUUCCCUCUCUUCAAUGUCACCAGAGGGAACUUCCCCCCCUCCAUGAAUAAGAGCUACAUCAUGAACUGUACCUACCACCCCCAGGACCACCCCUUGUGCCCCAUCUUCCGAGUGGGAGACGUGCUGAACUACACCGGCCAGAAUACCUCCACCCUCUCUGAAGGUGGAGAGAUCGGGAUUAACAUAGGCUGGACGUGUGAUUUGGAUCAAUCUAUAGAAAACUGUAAGCCUUCAUACUCCUUCACACGACUGGACAAGGUGUUUGAGACCAACACCAUUUCCAAAGGCUACAACUUCAGAUACGCCAAAUAUUACCAGACAGAGAACGGCACAGAGUUCCGGACCCUUCACAAGGCCUUCGCCAUCCGCUUUGACAUCCUGGUAACUGGGAAUGCUGGGAAGUUCAACACGGUUCCCACUCUGAUCAACAUCGUGGCAGCCUUCACCUCAGUCGGACUGGGUACGGUGCUGUGUGACAUCAUCCUUCUGAACUUCCUGAAGGGGGCGGACCAGUACAAGGCCAAGAAGUUUGAGGAAGUCUCUGUCUCACCGACCUCUGACCCCAUGUCUCAGAACAACGGCGGCCAGCUGUCAAUCAAACGGGAGGAAAGAUCUGAGGACUCGGGUGCUGUGUCCAUCGACCAGAUGGUGUUACAUCAUCAGCCGGGACACACACACACACACACACACUCCUUCUAGCCUCCUCUCUGAACACACACUCCCGGACCUAUGAGGAACAGUUACAACGUAGACAUGGCUCAUAAUUCACUUGAAUACUCACUUAAAUAAUAGAUUGUAUGAAUGUCCUGUGUAUUGUUGCCAAGUAUGUUGUUGCUGUACAGUAUGUUCUGUAUAUGAUCAAUUUACGUGGUCCCAUUGUCUCUGUUUUUACAAUUAUAGCCCUCGACUAAUGACACUAAGAGCUUCCUAAUGGGGGUGAAACAGAGAGAGGAAGAGGGAGAGAAAGGGGGGGAGAGGAAGAGAGUUUA